CGGGGUUGAGAUAGACGGCAGACUGUUUGGGUGAGUCACACUGUGGAGAGGACAUCAUUCAGGAUGCCAGAGCCAGUCAAAAAAGCAGUUUCAGCAUUUGCCAAGAAACCAAAGACUCAGGAGGCAGAGGAGGGGUCCUCUGUGGUCUUUGAAGCAGAGACAGAGAAGCCUGAUGCUAAAGUAAAAUGGCAGUGCAACUCAAAGGACAUUGCCAGUGGCGACAAAUAUGUGAUCACAGCCGACGGAAACAAGCACUCCCUCGCUAUAAAAGCUAUUACCAAGGAAGAUGCCAAUGUCUACGCGGUGAUUGCUGGGGGUUCAAAGGUCAAGUUUGACCUGAAGGUUGUUUCAAAGCCAGCUGAGGCCCCUGCUGCUGCACCUGGGGAGUCUGGUGUAGAACCAGAACAGGCUCCUGCUCCGCCUGCACCAGCACCCACAGAGGACCAGACCACUGCUCCAACAUAUGACGCUCCUCCAGCUGAGGACGGACAGCCUCCGGACACCAGACAGGACCUGAUUGGACUGUUCACAGAGAAACCCCAGAGUGGGGAGGUCACUGUAGGUGAAAACAUCACGUUUGUCGCUAAAGUGAAUGCUGAGUCAUUGCUGAAGAAACCCACCAUCAAAUGGUUCAAAGGGAAGUGGAUGGACCUCGCCAGCAAGUCUGGAAAACACCUGCAGCUAAAGGAGACAUAUGACCGCAGCAGUAAGGUCUACACGUUUGAGAUGCAAAUCAUCGCAGCCAAGCCUAACUUUGCUGGAGCUUACAGAUGUGAGGUUACAUCCAGGGACAAGUUUGACAGCUGUAAUUUUGAGUUGGCUGUACAUGAGGCUUGUGCUGCUGAAGGGCUCGACAUAAGAGCAGCUUUUAGGCGCACUAGUACCGAUGGAAAGGAAGACUCGGGAGAGCUGGACUUCAGUACCUUAUUAAAAAAGAGAGACAGUUUCUUAAAAUCCUCAAAUCGAGCCGUGCAGGUGAGCACAGAGCCGGACCUCGACGUGUGGGAUAUUCUCAGCCAUGCGCCUUCUUCAGAAUAUGAGAAGAUUGCUUUUCAGCACGGCAUUACCGACCUGAGAGGCAUGCUCAAGAGACUUAAGAAGAUGAAGAAAGAAGAGAAGAAAAGUGCAGCUUUCCUCAAAAAGAUGGAUCCUGCUUACCAAGUGACAAAAGGACAUAAAAUAAAACUGGCCAUUGAGGUCGCCAACCCAGAUGUUGAGGUGAAAUGGCUGAAGAAUGGACAAGCAAUUCAACCAACUGGAAGCAAGUACAUCUUUGAGAGUGUUGGCAACAUGCGCUACCUCACCAUCAACCACUGCUCCUUGGCAGAUGAUGCAGCAUAUUGCUGCGUGGUGGGAGAGGAGAAAUGCACCACUGAGCUCUUUGUUAAAGAGCCUCCCAUCAUGAUUGUGAAGAACCUGGAGGAUCAGAUGGUCAUGAAGGGCGAGCGGGUGGAGUUAGAGUGUGAAGUCUCAGAGGAAGGAGCCAAUGUUAAAUGGGAGAAAGACGGUGUGGAAUUAACAAGAGACGAGUCUUUCAAGUAUCGCUUCAAGAAAGAUGGCUGCAAACAUGUCCUAAUAAUUAAUGAGGCCACGAAAGAAGACUGCGGCCACUACAAGGUUAAAACGAACGGUGGCGAGUCUAUGGCUGAACUUUUGGUGCAGGAGAAAGACUUGGAGGUCUACCAGAGCAUUGCAGACCUCACAGUGAAGGCAAAGGAUCAGGCGCUGUUUAAGUGUGAGGUGUCGGAUGAGAAUGUGAGGGGAACCUGGUACAAGAAUGGUGUAGAAGUCAAGCCCGAUGCCAGAAUAAAUAUCACCCAUAUUGGCAGGAUCCACAAACUGACCAUUGAUGAGGUCAAACCAGAGGAUGAGGGAGACUACACUUUUGUGCCAGAUGGCCACGCCUUUAACCUUUCUGCUAAACUCAACUUCCUGGAGGUGAAGAUUGAUUAUGUACCGCGCCAAGAUCCUCCCAAGAUCCACCUGGACUGUAUGGGUCGCACUGCCGAGUCAACCAUUGUAGUGGUGGCUGGCAACAAACUGCGUCUGGAUGUCCCUAUCACUGGAGACCCUGCACCCACAGUGGUCUGGACCAAAGGAGAGAGGGCUAGUUCUGUAAAACCUGACGGAGAGAAGAAAGAAAGGCCGGCAUCCUCUUGGACACUGAACGAUGGGGAAGUUGUCACAGAUGGAGACGGCAGGGUCCAUGUGGAAACCACCAAAGGACACUGUGUCUUCACCAUUGAGGGGGCAGAGAGGCAGGACGAGGGAAUCUACUCUGUUGUGGUUCGAAACCCCGCUGGGGAGGACACUGCAGAUAUCAAUGUGAAAGUUGUCGAUGUUCCAGAUCCUCCCCAGGCUCCCAGAAUCCUCAGCGUGGGAGAGGACUCCUGUGUAGUCCAGUGGGACCCCCCUCUGUUUGAUGGUGGACAGCCAGUUAUUGGCUACGUGCUGGAGAGAAAGAAGAAGAAGAGCUACAGGUGGAUGAGACUGAACUUUGACCCUUAUCCGGACACGACCUAUGAAGCCAAGCGGAUGAUUGAAGGAGUGGAGUAUGAGAUGCGAGUCUAUGCUGUCAACGGCAUCGGCUUGUCUCGUCACAGUUCAGCUUCACAGCCUUUCGUGCCAGUCGCCCCCACAAGUGAGCCCAUUGGACUCUGUGUCGACGACAUCAGUGACACUUCCAUCUCUCUGAAGUGGCGGCCGCCUGAGAGGAUCGGCUCAGCUGAACUCGAGGGUUAUGGGGUUGAGUACUGCAAGGAGGGCACAGAUGAAUGGAUACCAGCCAUUCAGGGUCUGACUGACCGGACAUCAUUGACCAUCAAAAAUCUCACCACCGGAGACAAGCUGCAGUUCCGUGUGCGGGCCUACAACAUGGCAGGACCCAGUGUUCCCACCACUCUGGCUCAGCCUGUCACCAUCAGAGAGAUAAUGCAACGCCCUAAAAUUUGGCUCCCCAGAAAUCUCCGCCAGACUCUUAUCAAGACAGUUGGAGAAACUGUCAAUCUUGUGAUUCAAUUCCAGGGUAAGCCCAGGCCAAAGGUCACAUGGAGCAAAGACGGGGAGCUUCUGAGCCCCACAUUCGCUAGUGUCAGGAACAGCGAUACGGAUACGAUCCUCUUCAUCCGCAGGACAGAGAGAAAUCACUCCGGGAAGUAUGAACUCCAGGUGCAGAUUGAGAACAUGGAAGACACAGCAAGUAUCACACUGCAGAUUGUUGAUCUCCCAGGGCCCCCUCAGGCUAUGAAGAUCACAGAUAUCUGGGGCUUCAAUGUGGCACUCGAGUGGAAGCCGCCGAAGGACAAUGGUAACUGUGAAAUAACUGGUUACACCGUUCAGAAAGCUGACAAGAAGACCAUGGAGUGGUUUACGGUCUACGAGCAGUACAGGCGAACCAACUGCGUCGUGUCUGACCUCAUCAUGGGGAAUGAGUAUGUCUUCCGAGUCUUUGCCAUCAACCUGGUGGGUCUCAGCCCUGAGCCCUGCAACACAGCAGACAGCGCUUACAUCCAGAAAACCGGUAUCGAGUACAAGCCGCCCACCUACAAGGAACAUGACUUCUCACAGGCUCCCAAGUUCACACAUCCGUUGGUGAACCGUUCUAUCAUAGCAGGAUACAGCACGACCCUCAGCUGCUCUGUCAGAGGAACGCCAAAGCCCAAAGUGACCUGGUACAAAAACAAGAUGGACAUCUCGAACGAAGCCAAGUACCGGAUGCUCAGUAAACAAGGUGUUCUGACGCUGGAGAUCCGUAAGCCCUGUACGUUCGAUGGGGGAGUGUAUAUGUGCAAAGCAGUCAAUGACAGCGGAGAGGACAUAGUGGAGUGUAAACUGGACGUCCGCCCUCAAGUUGCUAAAGAAGAGAAGAAGUGAGGAGGUUGGAGCUGCUGACUGAAGAGAAGAUCGAUUUGUUUCCUGCAUGUUGACUGUUUUGUGUCACGAGAAACUCUUCACAUGCAUCACAAACUGUUUAACCCAAAUCCUUUUUUUGUGUUUGCACCACUUUCAUUUUCUGGAGUCAUCAUGUAUCUUCGUCACUGUUGUGUUAGUAUCAUGUGUACCACUGGAUUACUGAAUUCUACUCUCAUUUAGUAGAGUAGAGAUUAAUGGAUAAUUGUGUCCAGUAAAUAUGCAUAAUAGUCAAAGAAGGUAGCAAUGUCAUCUUGUUUCUCAUUCUUUUCAGCUGAUCUAAAGAAAUGGAUUGCAGUGUUUGGACUUGUUUGUGUGCUUACAAAGGUCAAUAUAUAUGCUUCAAAAACAUAAGUGAGUGAUUUCAUUCAGUCAUAUUAUCAAGUAGUGGCAUUACAGUGUAGUCAGUAGUGGUGCACCAGUAAAAUUGCCAUCCUGAUAGCUUUAGCAGCCGUGGCAUUCAGAAAAUGAAUGAGAGCAUGCCAGAGAUACUCAGAGGUCCAGAGGAAUGGACAAGAGUUGUUGAGGGCUUAGUUUUAUUGUAACAAAGCCUCGCUAAAGCCAGAGGUGUGAGGCAUGUGCCUAACGUGCACGCCACAGACGGAUGUGUGUGAAGUGCUGGAAUAGCUAUGAUGUCCUUUUACCACUGGGGACAUGUGAGAGUGAAGAGGAACACAUGGUGGUGUUCUUCAAGCGGGAGCUGCUGUAAAAUCACUCCACAGUUAUUCCUUUGAUGCCUUCAAUGUAAAUAUUUCCUGUGUCCUCUCAACGUACAGCUGCAAAAGAUCCAGUGAGCCUUUGUAUAUGUGCCGGGCCACUAUUAACAUAAAUGACGAAUGCCUUACAGCGCCUCCACUUUUGCCAGGUGUCUUGACACAGGGAUUCACCAAAAUCCAUAAAUUACAAGUGAAAAGGCGACACGGUUCAAAGCUAAACAGGACUUCUCAAAUGGCACGUCUGUUUCUUUAUACAACCCCAGAGGUUAUUUUUCAUUCAUCACCAAGUUACAGCUCACUACACGAGUAAAGGGAGCCAGCAGUGGUGGACAACAUGACUGGAGGUGAAAGGAAACUCCACCGAAUGGCCCAAAGGGUCUUAAACGGAAAGGUCUCGUUUAAACAAAACAGUUCCUCCCUGAAAUGAUGUCUGCUUUGCGCUUUGCAGCUGAAACUAUUUAACAAGACCAAGUCUACAGCUAGCAGCUCUGUGGGGCACAGCAGUGCUUCAAGCAAAAUGCUAACAUUAGCAGCGGUGGAAGAAGUAGUAGAAAAGUAACAAUACCACAGUGUAGAAUACUUAAAGUUAAAGUCUAAAGGCAGUCAAAAUGUUGCUUAAGUAAAAAAAAGUAUUAGCUUCAUCAUACACUUAAAGUACAAAACUGAAUAUACUAAAGCAUUAAUGUAAAAACUUUAAUAUUGCAGCUGAAAAAGGUGCUGCCAAUAAAUGCAUCAUGAUUUAUUAGUUGAUUUUGUAUUAAUAAUCUGAAUCUGCAAAAUAACUGGUAACUAAAGCAGUCAAAUAAAUACUUAAUAAAUUAAUAAUAUGAAUAAAAGCGGAGCAGUAGCCUACAUAUUAGCAUGCAAUGGAAAUACUCAAGUAAAGUACAAGUACCCCAAUAUUGUACUUAAAUAAAUUCACUGAAUAACUUUCCACUACGGAAUGUCAGUUUGCCAACAUGCUCACAAUGACAAUGCUAACACGAUGUUUAGUAGGAACUUAUUGUGUUCACCAUAUUAGUUCAUUGUUUAAGCAUGCUUACAUUGUUAUGUAGUAGAUUUCACUAUUUCACUUUUAAAUUUUUUUUUCACUUUGACCUUACUCAAUAGGAAAAGUCAGGGGAUCACCAAAGUAUAAGGAUUGAUUCUCUAGGGAUCAUGAAUGUCAAAAUCUCAUGGCAAUCCAUCCAAUAGUUGUUGAGAUAUUUCAGUCUAGACCAAAGUGAUGGACUGCCUAGUUGCUAAAAAUUGAUUUUUUGGAAAUUUUUCUGAGCAGAAAUUAGACACUUUAUCUUUACUGCCAACUAAGUUUACAUAAUUUCUCUUAAGUGAUCGGACUAUUUGACGGUACUCAGUUUGGAGUAUGUAACAAAGGUUUGGUAAGUAGAACGAUACGUCCUCACUUUUGAUUGGUCAGAGUCCAAUGGGGAACUCUGCUGGGAGUAAAAAAUGUCAAUAUUUUCAUUUUCAGGUAAUCUGACCUUUCUAUGCCAUAUUACAAUAAUAUUUUUUUUCUAUAUUAUCUCCAAUCCCAGGAAUCAUCUGUGCAGCAACUUAAAAGUGGCAGAGUUGCCAGAAAGAAGUUUUAAACAAAUAAAAAUGUACAAUAAUUUCAUACAUAUUUGAUAAAGAUAACGGUCGCUGUAGUGUUUUAAUUUUAACACCAAGGUAAAUAAAAAUGGUUGUGUUCUUCCAAUUUUAUUCAUUCACAAUUUAUAGAAUUUUUUUAUCUACUUGAACAAAAUAAAACAACUUGGGGAGAUCGCACAUGAAAAACUACAAACAAGAUUUUAAUUUGAACUGAAAUUAAGUGAGAUUCUUUUUAUAAUCUGUAUUAUUCUGCAAGUUUGUAUCUAUAAAAGAUAAAACAAAUAAUUUCAUAGUUUAUAGAUAGGUUUAAAAAAAAUAAUCACAGUAUACAGUACAUAGAUUCCUCCCACAAUUUGCACCUAUCUAAAAUGAUGGUGUACAACCACGUGUCAAAAUAAAGCUAAGAAUGCAAACAAAAAGAAUCACAACAGAUGAAAACAGACUUUUCUUUUACAAAGCACUGCUGGUAGCCACUGCAGUCGAGGAGGUAGCUUCCUUAGUUAGCAUCCCAUUCUUGAUUACUAGUUUUCUUUUCAAAUAAUUUACAGACAAAUACAAAAAAAAAAAAAAACAAUAACCAACCUACUAAAAUAUUUGUACAUUUUCACCAGAUGGGACAUCUCAAACAAUCAAUGGACAUUUUGGUUGGUGCAAGAAUUUACAUACCCGGUCGAGACAAAUGACUACAUGGAAAACAGAAAAUAAAAUUCAGAGAUUAAAAUUAAAUGGUGCAUUAUAAGGACACAAGAAAGUCUUGUUGGUGGGAGAAAAUGUUUCCCUACAUUGCCUAAAUUCCUGAGCACUCACAUGACAUACACUUGUGUAUACACGCUCUGAGGGUGUAUCUACCUUUAAUGUGUACAGUCAUGCUCCAACACACCAAACAUCAGUCAAUCCCUCGUCACACGCAGUCUCAGGUCAGCUCUCAGGGUAAAAAAACAUCUACAUUAAAAUACUUUACUAUAUAAAAUUGCUCUUUUGAGGACCUGUACAAUAAUACAGACUGCAAUGAACAUACAGUAAGUGUGUACAAUGCAACUGGAUUAGAAAGACACUGGAGGAAGUGAAUUAGUUUAAAGAUUGGCCUUAUUUUCAUACUUUCAUACCAUCGUGCCCAUUUAUUGUGGUCAAAAUGUUGCCAAUUAUUGCACUGUAGAGCAGAAAAGUGAAGAUCCACAAUGCAGAUACUUCUUUAAAUAUCUGUGGUUGAAUAAUAAUUACCCAUAUUUCAAAUAUAAUGGUCCAUUUUAUACUUUUUGACACUGCAUACUUUCUUUUUGACUCAGCUGGCUGCCAGUCUUGUGCUGUGUUCACAUCAUGUUGGAAGAAGUGAAAGAGUGGGAUUAAAUUCAUGUGUUUAACUUGGACGGUAUUAAUGUGUUUAACUUGUCGCUCACAAGCCAAAUUAUGCUUAAUGAUACAUUUUUAAUCAAGCAGAAAUGUAUGUCAGCUAUCACUCUUCUCAUAAGUUCAACUUGUGUGAUUAAUAGUUGCAUUUUUGGAGAGUUCCUGUUUGUUGCUUGUUGUUCACCAAAUAAAACCAAAGUUAACUUUUUUCUUUACUGACA